CAUAAAUGUUUUAUCUUGUUGCAUGUGUCAUGUUCGAUUUUGAAGUCCAUUGCACAAGAACAUGGAUGAAAAGAAGCAUGAUCAAGCAGCAAAAGAAGGAUGCGACAAGAGCAAAGUUCAAUCUGACCCCAAGAUGGAUCCUCCUACCAGUCCUCUAGCUCUCACCAUUGGUCCCUCUGCCUCUUCAUCAAACCCACAGCCACCAAAAGAACCACUGGAGCAGCAACUCAGCAAGUUCUGGGCAAAACAGCACCAGGAAGUUGAGGAGACCAGUGAGUCCAGGAAUCACUGCUUACCAUUGGCUAGGAUCAAGAAGAUAAUGAAGUCUGAUGAGGAUGUGAGAAUGGUAUCAGCUGAGGCUCCUGUGCUGUUGGCCAAGGCUUGUGAGAUGUUCAUCAUGGAGCUCACAAUGAGGGCAUGGGCUAAUGUUGAGGAGAACAAGAGGAGGACACUUAGUAAGAAUGACAUUGCAGCAGCGAUGUCAAAGACUGACAUGUAUGAUUUUCUUGUUGAUAUUGUUCCCAGGGAAGAGACAAGGGGUCCUCAAGUGUUUGCAGGUCAACAGUCUGGUGCUCCAACAAUGCUCAUGGGAAUGCCCCUUCUUGAUCCAACUGAUCCUGAGCAGCUGCAAGACCGGCCUUCUCCAACUCCAAUGUUGCCAAUCCCCGAAGAAGAGGACAACCCUUCUCCUGAUUCAGAUGACUGAGC